AUGCCCAUCCUCCAGUCAAUCCGAGUUGGGCUGCGGAGCGGGACCAUAGUUGAGCUAUUCGACUCGGAGCCAGAGCCAGUCUUGCAUCUUCUCGCUGCCAUAAAUUCAGCAAUACUGGUAGAAGUCCUCUUGUACGGAAUCCACUGUAUUCUAUUUUGCGUUUGCGCAUACAUAUUCCUGUCACGCCGACUCGUAAAACCGUUCAUAAUUGGAUCGGCAAUCAUCAUGUUUGCUUUAUCGACAGCAGACGUCGCGAUCUCUCUAGGACUACUUGUCGGAGGCCUUCGAAUGCCCUUCGAGGAUGAAACCCAUUUAUUAACGUGCAGGUAUCCGAAGAACCCUAUUUUUGUAGCGAAUAAUUUAAUUGCAGACAUGCUAUUGGUGAAUGCAAUUUUAUUUUUGUUGAACGGGAGACCUGAACAGCCUUCAGUUUCACCGAUGCUACGCCGUGUGGGGCCGCCAGAUUUAUACCGCUGUUGUUGCAGGAGUGUUUCUACUAGCCGUUUCCAUCUGGGGAUGGGCGGGGGCCGAAGCGCAAUUAUUUUUUAUUCAAGACACCUAUUCAUCGAUAUAUCUUUGGAUGGUGUUCUCCAUCAACAUCAUAGUAACCGCUGCUACAGAAACCCCCACAAAUUAUCUCAGCUGGUCGUAUUUUCUGGGUUUCCCGAAUCGCAAGGCCUAUCCUGCGACCGGGACAUAUUCGACGUUACAACACUAUUAUCUCUAUUUUGUAAGCCCCUGGCUGCGCAUUUUCUGCCAGUAAACCGAACGGGUUUGUCUAACAGGGUAGAAUCGGCCGUUGUUUACUCGACCUGCAUUUUUAUCUACCUCGUAUUCUCCAAGUACAGCUCCUCCCUAUACAAACUCAUCUUCGCGUCUAUCGUCAUGCGGAUAGUGGCAAUAAUGCCAACUUUGAUGAUAGUCCGAGUAGGUCUGGGCAAGGGACUCGACGAUGAAGGUCGCGACGACGUCGACGCAAGGGAACGGCAAGCGCAACCGACGAGCGUCGUAUUUGACUCGAUAGUCUCAGUGCAAAGUAGUAUUCAUGAAGCUGAUACGGGAAAAUCGCCAAGCAGAGAUCCGGAUACUUUUCUUCUGGAAGAAACUAGUGGCAAUGUUGAUGUGUUCCCCAUGGUCGCGGUCCAAUCAAUGUCGCGCCUUUGA